CGCAAGAGGCGGCGCAUCAUGGGCCGAGCCUGUUCGCAAUGAAAUGAGUCGAGGACUGCGCGCUGCGGAGUGCGUUUCAUUUCACUCUGCUCCGGCUGACCGCCUCGCACACUGAUAUGGCGACACGUGGAUUUCUGUGGGCACGAGGACCCACCGGCCACAGUGUGGAUUAACUGGUGGUCUCGCGCGGGACUUGGCGAUGCGUUCGUUAAAGGAAACAAAUUCCGCAGAUAUCCGGAAAACGCAUCCAUGCGCCACGGCCGCUCCGCAUCCCGAUGUGCUCGUGACGAUACAAAGCCUGGCUUCAAGGAGCUUUCAUGGCACGUCGGCGUGGGUGCGUUCACGCGGUUGUUUUGCUCUUCUUUGCGCGUGAGGCUUCGGAGCGCAGCUGUGCAAUGAGACUAUCGGGAAUUAUCAAGUAGACUUAAUUGAUACAUAAUCCGACAAUAUGGCUGAUCAGAGCAACAUCCAGUCCGCCGCAUCCAAGAGUAUCCGGCCCUUUAAAUCCAGCGAGGAAUACCUGUAUGCCAUGAAGGAGGAUCUGGCUGAAUGGCUUAACACCCUGUAUGAUCUGGAUAUCACUGCGGACACCUUUAUGGAAGGGCUGGCGACGGGCUGUGUCCUCUGUCGGCACGCCAACAACGUGAACCGCGCCGCGCACGAGUUUCAGCUGGAGUAUCCCGAAGCUGCACAGGCAAUGAAGCUGCCAUCUAAAGAUGUCGUCUUCCAGUUUCGCAAUGUUGUCCCCGGCUCGUUUGUGGCGCGGGACAACGUGUCCAACUUCAUCACCUGGUGCAGGCAGGAGCUCUGGAUCAAAGACGUCCUUAUGUUCGAGACCAACGACUUGGUGGAAAAAUGCAACGAGAAGAAUUUCGUUCUGUGUCUUCUUGAGGUGGCGCGACGUGGGUCCAAGUUCGGCAUGCUGGCCCCCAUGCUGAUCCAGCUGGAGGAGGAGAUCGAAGAGGAGAUCCGGGACCAGGAGAGCCUGCGGAUCGAUGAAGGGGAGCCAGCUAAGCAGAGCUCGCCCAGCAGGUGUUUCAGCCGGAAGGAGAGCAGUAAGAGUGUGGAGGAUGAAGAGGAGCCAGAUCCAGAGCCCUUCAUCUGGCAGCAGAAGAGAGUCUUAUGUGACAUGCGAAAUCUGGAUGAACUGGUUCGGGAGAUUUUGGGGCAGUGUUCCUGUCCAGCUCAGUUUCCUAUGAUCAAGGUGUCAGAGGGGAAGUACAAAGUGGGGGACUCCAGCGCACUGAUCUUUAUCAGAGUCCUUCGUACCCAUGUGAUGGUGCGUGUCGGAGGGGGCUGGGACACAUUAGAGCACUAUUUGGACAAGCAUGACCCGUGCCGUUGUGCUGCUUUCGGAAAUGAUGGCAUCGCACCCUAUAAACCUUCUGACAGGCGGUCCCUGGAGCCCCACUCUGCUCAGUGUGCCUCGUCAUCUUCCUCUGCACGACCAGGCCGACCUCAGAACUCUUUAGAGCUCGACUCUGGCGCAGCACGCAGUCUUCUCCCAAAGCCGCCAAGAGAUCGCUCAGAGCCCCGCCACUUUAAUCCUCUCAGGAAUAAGGAGACGAUUACACCACUAACAAGACGUCUGUCUGGUGACAGUGACUCCUCUACGGCCUCCUCUAAGGGAGGAGGAGGAGGAGGCGGGGGGCGCCAGUCUCUUGGGGGUGCUUCACGGCGCUCGGGUGAAGAAGUAGUACUGCUUGUCAAUCGUAAACAGGGGAAACAUAUGAUCGAGAGGCCUGUAGCCGGAAGUCAGAGCCCAUCCCUGCGUCCCUCACUCCCUCGUGCACGCAGCCAGUCACGGGAACGCUCUGCACUCACACCGAUACUCAAACCCAACCCACCUCAAGAUUCCCCUGAAGGAGUACGGAUGCCUCGAACAGAAAGGGGCCGCUCUCUUGGAAACGAGGGCCCAAGGAGGCUUCUUGGUCCACGGUCCCACAGCCAGAGUAAGUUGACCAGCCGUACUCGGUCCAGUGAUGCCAGCCCAGGACCCGCUCUCUCCUACAGAGAUCCUCAGCCUCCACCUUCAGAGAGACGAGAAGAUAUUCGGGCCAAACAACUACCCCCAUCCUCUCCGAGAAUGGCUGCUGGGUUUUCCAAAAGGCAAUCGUCCUCAUGCUCUAACUCACCCAUUAAAGGGGUCCAGAGUAACAAUAGCAGUAGUCCCAGCAAGAAGACCAUAACUACUCCUAGGCCUCCUGCCCCUCGCUCACCCUCCGUAGGAAAAGGCAGAUUGUUACCACCUGUGACAUCAGGGGGGCGACGUUCACCACACUCAUCUCCUCGCAACUCUCAUCAUCAUGCCGCCCGCUCCUCUCGGACCUCACAGGGCUCCCGCUCUGCUGGGAGAGGCCACUAUAAGAACGCAUCCGGUCUGGAAUGCCAGGAACCCGAGGAGGAAGGGCUGGGCUUUGGCUUCCCGUUACUGCCAGCACUAGACCCCCAGAGGGAGCAUGAUCUUUAUCGCAGCUUUGAGGCCGAGUAUCUUGCCAAUACACAGCAGGCUAGAGCAGUGUCUAAUAAAGCUCCUGGUGGAAUCACCUUGCAGCGAGCUGGGAUGCAUCCGGCAGCAGUACUCACUGAUCUUAAUGUCAAUGACUCUGCCUAUUCCUCUUCCAACUCAUCCACCUCCUCCUUGAAUGUGGGGGCCAAGAUGGGAACUCUUCCUGACCUCAGGGAAUCCAAGAGAACUAACCCUCGUCACUUCCCACUGGAGGACCCCUUAAAUUUACUUUCUGGACACAAUUUUGGGGGACCACACAACUUUAGUCAAGGAGAGCCUGAACACUGGGGGGAGUGUGGAGGGGGUCACAAGAAGCUCCCAGCUAUCUCCAGCUCCAUGGAAGAGAGAGAAAUCACUUCUUCCUUGCCUGGACUUCAAGACACAGAGUCAGAUAGUUUGAUGAAUGACAUUUCCUCGCAACCUGCUUUUCAAUGUGGGAAUAUGAAUGGAGAACAUCAUCUAUCAUCCCCUACUGAAGGGGGGAUGAUAGAUCAACAGGGUCCUCUUGGCUGGAGCACACAGCCUGAAGGAGAUGUUCCACUGGAAAAUCACCAGCCAGACUUACCUUAUGACAUGGAAAAUGGUGACGGGAGUGUUGACCUCCCAGCCUCUGAGGAUUGUCCAUCAUCUCUUCCCCUUCCCCUCUCUGAGGACUGCUCCUUCCAGGAUUCCUCAAGUGAAAACUCUUCCAUGUGCUUCAGCUUGAGCGAAUCCCGCUCCGAGUCACCUCCACCAAAUUUGCCCUUGACUAACGGGGACGCUGAUGGAGAAAUGCUGGAGGCUAAGAAAGGGCCAAAGAGAGCAAACAGGCUUGACCCAAUCCCUAAGCACAAACUGGGGACCCGAUUCAGGCCCCGCACUGACAACAGGCCCGAAAACGGCCCCUCGCGCAUACCCACCCCCGUCAGCUACAGAGACCUGCAGACGAACAACACUCUUUCCCCCUGCCACACCCCACCGCUGUCUCCUCAGAGCUCCCAUCCUACCAGUCGCCAAGCCACAUGCAAGGGCCUGCACCAGGCCUUCGCUGAUAUGAUCCAUCCUCAUCCUCGUUCCUCAGCCAUGAGCAACAAAGACUGCGCCUACCCUACACAGUCAGGCAGCGUGGACACUGAAGCUUGGAUGUAGCACAAAACGAAACUGUGGGUAGUACACGGGAGGGGGGUUGUUGUCAUGAACUUUAACUACUGUGUUUAAAAAAGAGAAAAACAAAAAAACCCAACAAGAUAAAAAUGAGCUACGGACAGACUGUUUUUACUGCAUGUCAAACGCUCCUUUUUUCUCCAUUUAGGUUCUCCCCUGAAUAACUGCAGGGCUUCACAUUGCUUUUUUGCACUCAAGCCAAAUUAUUUAUUACCAAAGGAAUGGUCUUUAAGUUACUGUAAUUUUUAAUUUUAAUGUGUGCAUGGGGAUGCUUUUGCCAAUCUUUCUUUUUUUUUUAUAAGUCACUAGUGAAAUUCUCACGGUUGAUACACAGAAAUAGAAACCGAGAGCAUAUGUGCUGCCAUGUGCCUCACUAAGGGGGCAUGGUAAAGUGCCAGGGGUUGAUGUAAACACUAGUCCUUGAGUCAUGCAGACUGGCUCCCUCUUGUGGUUUGCCAUAGCACUUCUGCUUGCCUUAUAGUGAAAAUACUGGCAUGAUGACUGUGAUGUUUUCAGUCUGUCCACAUUCAUAUAUGACUCACUAUACUCACAUUACAAUAAUCAGUAACAUAGACUAAGGUACACUCAUCUCUGGCUCUAUGAACAUUAUGCGCACUACCAGUUUCUGUACAGUUGUUUCAUGUUAUUAUUUAACAAUGUCAGCUUUUCAUGAUAAUAAGCUGUUCUAGACAAGAUAGAUGCUUUUUGUUUGAAUGCUUAAUGUCUUACCGGUUUUUAAGAUUAUGUUUGAUGCAGUAAAAUUUUAAAAAGUUUAAUUUAAAUGCAUUGAGUGUACAACAAAAAUAUGAGGAGCAUGGAGGAAGGUUAUAUUACUUUAUAUAGUUGUCACUGACAUUUGAAAUGUUGAGUUCCUCCUCUGACCAAACUGUACUCUGGAAUUAAAUGCUAAGGAGAAUGAAUGUGUAAAUACAUGCUGAGAGUGGGUAUUUUGUAAAGACAAGGCUUGGAAUAUACAGUCUAAUGUACAUAUUCACUGUAUUCAGUGCUGUGCAGCCUUAGCUAUGCAAUACUGGUGUUGAAAAUGCCUUGAAAAUUCCCUUUGCCUUAAACAAUUUUUCACAGGUUAAUUUUUUUGGAAUGUUUUUAGCUAAACAUCACUAAGAUCUGUUAGGUAACACUACAUUGCCAUCUUUAACUGUUUAUAAUAAUUGGACAGUUUGGGUGUGAAUGUGAAGGAGAGAAAAAAAGCAUUACCAGCCAGUUUCAUUUAUAAGUUAUACCUGAGGUGGAUGUGCAAAUAAUGAAAACCAUAUAUAUGAUGUAUUUCCUCUGAAUACCCUUGGUUGUUUAUUGCCUAUUUAACAGAGGGAUUUCAAUAAUAUGGCACAAUUUAUGGUGACAUCUAGUGGCAAAAAAAAAGAGAGAAAUGUUUUAUUCAGUGGUAGAAAAUGUUGUCUUGAUAUGAUACUGAAAUGUCCUGGUGCUGAUUAGAGCCAAUAAUGGUCUGGUAUGACAUGGUAAGGUUUGAUAGAUGAAGACUGACUGGCUUUAACUCGAGUGUCUGCAUGUGUGCAGGGGUGCAUGAAUAAUGGAUACUGUAACUGGAAACUGAGCCUACUUUGUGAAGCUCUCACACAAUUGUCAUCAAUAUGACAAGCCAGACUCCAGCUACAGAGCCUGCAUUACUAGCUUUUUUGGUAUUUUGCAUGUGUUGAAGGGUGUAAAGUUGGAAAGCGGUUGUACUGUUUAGCGGGCUGCAGAAACCAUAGAAUCUCAAGAGCUUCUGAUUUUGAGUGAAGGAAAAACUGAUAUUAAUAUUUGAUGAUUGUUUUCCACACAAUGUGGAGGCAAAGAAAAGAAAAUGUUGAUAAAAUUGUUUUUGCUGGACACUAAAAGAGCAUGGCCCGGGAAUGGAGCGUGUGUAUAUCUUUAUGUACAUACUGUAUGGGAAUAUGUACAGAUUUGAAGUAAAGAGGGAAGUAGUGCUGGUCUAAUUUAUUUAUUUAUGAAAUCAGCUUUCAUGGGCUCAUAUGACAUCUGUUUCUCAAGUUCGAGACAACAGACAGAAUCAGUGGAAAUGUUGUCAGUUAAAAAUGAGAGUGAUUUGAAGGCAAAGUGAACUUAUUUAUAUGGUGUCCCAUCUCUUAAAGAUACAGUAAUUUUAUCAUGUGCUGACUCCCCACUGCUACAAAUGAUUCAUGAUGUAUCAGUAUUGUUAGAGCGACAUUGAUUGCAAUAUGUAGCCGGUGGGCAGUUUAGCGUGUAUAAACACAUUACACAUGUACUCUUAAUUCUUUUUAUUUUACAUCUGUUUUGGCUUGUUCGAACACCUAUUUGGUGUUUUAAAUGUACAGGCUAACUGAGCCAUGAUUUCUAUAAUCUUAAAACGAUUGAUUGUCCUAAUCCGCUCUUUCUGCCUACAGAGGAUUUUAUGAAAUGCUCAUAAACAUUCGGAUUUUGCCCCAAUCAGCAAAAUCCGAAUGUUUGUGAUCAGAUGCCAUUUUCACUAAAACUUUGGUUAAAUGUACAGAUUGCUUGACAUUGUGGAAUUUGUGUGUAUGAAAUAGCAAUACUACAAUGUUUCACGUUUUUUUUCUGAAUUUGAAAAUGCUGUCAAGUUGUUCUUGUAAUAAAUCUUUUGCUCUGAA